GCUAAUACUGGAUCGGUAAAGAAGAGAAGGAGGGAGAAACAGACACAGAAACAGACAGACGCAAAGAGGAAGACACACUAUGGUCCAAUUAUAAAAUAAAAAGGACAGAAGAAGGAUUCUUGGACUCUCCCCCACAUGCCUAACUGUUGCACUGGACCUGCUGCGGAAAACACAGGGCCGGAGGAAGGGCACCAGGAGGAGACGUGCUGCUGCCAGGCCAAAGAGGAAGCUCGAGAACAGGCUCCGUGGUGUGAUGAGGACAGCAAGGCGUGCCAGCAAUGUGGAGGUGCCUUCCUUCCUCCGUCAGCUGGUCAAAGAGACAGAGAAGGUGGUCACCUUCUUCUUCAAAGGGGGACCUAGGGAAAGGGACAGUGGAGAGGAGGACAAUUUUGAUGAGGACAAUUCCAUGCCCAGCCCGUACCUGGACCGCCCCAUCCUGGAGAAACAUGUGUCCGAGGGGGGGUCUCAGACGGGCUUAAACUACGCGCUGGCAAGUAUGCAAGGCUGGAGGGCUCAGAUGGAGGAUGCCCACGCCUGCAUGCCCCAGCUGAGCGGAGAGCUGAAGGAGUGGGCAUACUUUGCUGUUUUUGAUGGACAUGCAGGCACCACAGUGGCACAGUACUGCUCCAGAAACCUGCUGGAUCACAUCCUGGCAACUGGUGUGAUCAAAACUAGUGAGGACCCCGGGCAGGUGAAGGAGGGGAUCCGUGAAGGCUUCCUCGACAUUGAUCUCCACAUGCACAAAUUGGCUCGCCAGGACAACUGGGACCGCAGUGGCACCACCGCCGCAUCUGUCAUGAUCUCGCCGCGCCACAUUUACUUUAUCAACUGUGGGGACUCACGCACGCUGCUCUGCCGGAACGGCCAGGUCGUCUUCUACACCGAGGACCACAAACCGUUCAACCCCAGAGAAAAGGAGCGCAUCCAGAAUGCUGGAGGCUCCGUGACCCUGCAGAGAGUCAACGGCUCACUGGCUGUUUCCAGGGCGCUGGGGGACUUUGACUUCAAGGAGGUGGACUGGAGACCUCCAACAGAGCAGCUGGUGUCGCCAGAGCCAGAGGUGUAUGAGCUGGAGAAGACGCCUGAAGAUGAGUUCCUUAUUCUAGCAUGCGAUGGCGUGUGGGACGCCAUUGGUAAUGAGGAACUGUGUGCCUUUGUGCGCAGCCGUCUGCAGGUGUGCAAUGACCUGAGAGAGAUCUGUACUCAGGUCAUUGACCUCUGUCUCUAUAAGGGCAGCUUGGAUAACAUCAGCAUCAUCAUAAUCUGCUUCCCUGGCUCCCCCCAGGUGUCACAAGAGGCACUGCAGCAGGAGGCAAAUUUGGAGCUAAUGAUCGAUAUCAAAGUGGAGGAAAUAAUCCAGACCAUGAGGUCUAGAGAGGAGGACCCUGACCUUUUGUAUGUAAUCAAAUCCUUGGCUGCAGAAGAGAUGCCAGGGCUGCCACCAGGAGGCGGCAUCACUAGCAAGCGAGACUGCAUCAUCUCUGCGUAUCAGAAACAUGUCAUGGCUCUCAGAUCUCAGGAGCCCAUGGACAUUGAAGGAUCGUCGGAGGAUUCAAACUAAAGCUAUUGCCAUGACAACAAAAUCCUCACCUGCAUGAUCAUCGCGGUCUCCGUGGAAACCACCGUCAACAAGAAGCUUGAUUUUUUUUAGAUGAGCUAUGAAAUGAGGGUGAUUCUGCGUGUAACAUGCUCUCUUGAAGAUUUGCUUUGUGGUCAAAUAAAGUAAAGUCUAAUUAAAUAUCUAGAAUGUA